ACAUUGCUUUUGUAUUUCUUCAUACAUGCAUCUUCCUCUUGUUAAAAAUAAUAGAAGAAAAAGAAAGUUUUUAAAGCAUCAAAAUCACUCCUUUUUAGAGAUAUAUUUCUAUGUUGUCCAUGUUGACAAUCCACCAAAAAUGCACUAUUUUGGGAGGAUUCAACACAAUCCAGCGGCAUUUUAGGAGAGUUCGAGCAAACAUUAAUGCCCCUUUAACAAGUGUUUUCAAGGUUGGUGGUCAGAAAGCAAUGGCAACAGCUUCAGUGACACUCUCUCCAGCAACAGUUAUUCUGGCAGCCAGAGUUGGCACAAACAGGUGUUCCCAGAAAAGAACCAAAGUGAAGUACAUUAGUGGCUUGAAUUCAUUUGGAGGGCUUAAGGCACAUAACGAUGUUGUCUCAUUAGGCCUCCCUCUGAGUACUGAACAGUCAUUUGCCAACAUUGUUAGUUCCUUGAGAUCAACAUCAUCAUCACAAGGCAAUGGUGGAGCUUUGUCUUCUACUUGCAAUGCUGCUGCUGAGAUUUUCAAGAUUGCUUCCGUUAUUACAGCCCUGGUUCUCGUUGGAGUUGCUGUUGGUUUUGUCCUCCUUCGAAUUGAAGCUUCUGUUGAGGAAUCUGAUUGACAUGUCAGUUUGCUAAUGCUUUCUUUUCUCUUCACCAAGAUUUACUUUCUCUGCAUUAAUGUAGAGUUUAUUUAUUUUGGAUAUGUAUAUUGAACUACUAAACAUUGGUAAAUCUAAGUUUUCACAUGUUAAGAUCA